AUGCAUCUCACCUCACUCCCAGGUGCGAAGCAAUUCGAGACUACUUGGCGACGAAGUGCGCAGCUGGGCGAAUCAUCGGCCCCCUCCCUCGAGCACUUCACCCGGGGGUUCAUACGAACUCCGGGGGAAUGGAGGUUGAUUGUGGACCUCUCAUCCCCAGAAGGGGCGAGUGUUAAUGACGGCUCACUGAAAUAUGCCUCAGUGGACGAUGGAUUGGGAAGAGGCGGCGAAGGUGGAUGUGAAAACACCACAUUGCCAUUCGGUCUCAGGUCAGUAGUAGCGGACGCAGCGGAAUGGAUUAUUCGCCAAGAAGGGGUUAAUUUUAUCGUUCAUUAUCUUGAUGACUACAUGGUAUUGGGAGAAACGUUUGAGGAUCUAGGUCUCCCAGUAGCACUCCCCAAAUUGGAAGGACCGUCCACCUGCCUAACCUUCCUGGGUAUUGAGAUUGAUACUCGAUCACUUGAGAUUUGUCUAUCCGAUACCAAACUCCGAGCAUUACAGGAUCUGAUCCGAUCAUGGCUGGGGCCGGGAAUCAUGCGAAAGACGUAAACUGGAAUCGCUAGUUGGCCAUGCCUGCUGCGUGGUCCGGACCUUUAUGCUGCCUUCGAUUGAAUCAGUCAUACAGAUUGUAGUAUCGUGUAGAUUUGUUGUCAUUAAUUUUGACUUUUAGACAUAAAGACUCAUCAUUGUAACAACACCAGAGUAUUUAUACAAAACACCAAAACAGUUCCUAGAAGGUUCUAGAUCUAUCUAAUAACAACUAGCAUAGUACAAACAAUCUACCAGAACAUUCUAGAAUACUCUACUAAAUACAUGAUACAAUUAGUUCACAUUCCACAUCCCCCUUUCUCUGGGAUGGAAUUACAGUCUCUCUGGUGGGUGAAUAGCUGUCCCAGUUCGGGAUCUGGUUUAAAUCACCCUCGUAGUUGUAAUCGGGUCAGGUUCUUCGGUCCUGUUAUCGGAGUGAGGUAUUGGGUUGAGAUGACUCCUGUUUCUCCUAAUUUCUCCACUGGGUAUACUUACAACAUAAGAUCGAGGGGUAGUUGUAGAAGUCACAAUUUGUCCAAGUAUCGGUUGGUUUCCUGUAGUAACCCACACUUCUGUUUUGUCAGGGAGUGCUGGGAGUGACUGGGUCCUGUGGCGGCAAUCAAAAUCUUCCUGUCCUUGAACUCUUGAUUCCUUUUGUGAAACUGGUUCAGGUAUUUCCAGUCUGGGAUAAGCAAGUCUUUCUGAAUAGGCAUGUUAGCUCGUAUUCGUCUCCCCAUCAGCAAUUCAGCUGGUGAGAGCCCGCACCAAGGGAAAGGAGUUGACCUAUAACUUAGUAAGGCCAUGUUAGGGUCUUCUGCUUCUCGCAACAGUUUCUUCACCGUCUUCACUGCUCUCUCUGCAUGUCCGUUGCUCUGUGCAUAGUGAGGACUGCUUGUCAAAUGGCGGGAACUUGCGAAAUCUUGAAACUCUCGAGAUGAGUACUGAGGUCCAUUGUCGUUCACUAGGGUUUCCGGAAUUCCAUGACGAGAAAAUAUUCUAUUCAGAACUUCAAUGAUUUGUCUGGAGGUAGUUGUUGGCAGUUUGACAACUUCUGGGUACCUUGAGUAAUAGUCGACAACUACAAUAUAAUUAUUGUGCACCAUCGAGUUGAAAUAGGUCAGAUGAUACUUUUUGCCACGGGUAGUCAGGAAGUGGUGUUGGUAUCAUUGGUUCACUGAAGUGCUUCGAACAUGUUGAACAUUGCUUAACCAUGUCGUUGAUGGUUUUUGAUAUUCCCGGCCACCAAAUAGAGAGUUUGGCACGGAGACGACAUUGUUGAAUUCCUUGAUGUCCCGUGUGAAUCUUUUGUAGGGUCUGCCUUUGCAGUGCUUUUGGGACUACAAUUCGUUGGUCGUAAAGCAAAAGUGUACCAUCGGGUAUCAUAAGGUCACCACGAGCUUUCCAGUAGGGUUUGAUAUCGGGAGUGAUUUCACUUUGAUUUGGCCAACCAUGUUGGCAGUAGCUUGCAACGGUAGAGCAAAUAGGGUCAGCUGCUUGGGCUUUCCUAUAUUCGUCGAGUCUUUCUUUGCCAGCUGGAAGAUGAGUAAUGCAUGCUACUAUCGUCUCCUCUUGUAAUCUGGUGUCAUUCUCAGUGGUUGCUUCAGGUGCUCUUGAUAAAGCAUCGGCUGUGUACAAAUAUUUUCCAGGAACAUGCUCAAUUGUGUACUGAAAUCGUGCAAGUCGCAAUCGAAAUCUUAACACUCGGGGUGGAAGUUUGUCGAGAUCUUUCGAACCUAGUAAAGGUACUAGCGGUUUGUGAUCUGUUUCAAUAUGGAAUUUCAUUCCCAAUAUGUAGCUUGCAAACUUCUCACAUGCCCAGGUGAUAGCUAAAGCUUGAUCUGAGCAUAUCGUUGCUCUGUUUCAGACAUUGACCUGGAGGCAUAUGCAACUGGCUUCCACAUGGAAUUGUCUUCUUGUAGUAAGACUGCUCCCAACCCGUAUGCUGAGGCAUCUGCAGAAACUUUUGUUGCUGCUAGUGGAUUAUAGAGUGCCAAAAUUGUCGGUCUUGAUAGCUCUUCUUUGAGAUCUGUGAAUGCUUUCUCUUGGUCAUGUCCCCAUAUCCAGGCUGUUCGUUUGCUAAGUAGCACUCGAAGUGGUUGGGAUAAUUCUGCUAGUUUGCUCGAAAACUUUCCCAAUUGGUUUGCCAUCCCCAUAAAGCGUCGUAGCUCAGAUACAUUGGUGGGGGGUACCAUAUUCCGAAUAGCUGAUGUUUUAUCUGGGUCUGCUCGAAUCCCAUCAGCAUCUAUCACAUGACUGAGGAAUUUCAAUUUGCUCUUCUCAAACUCGCAUUUGCUUACGUUGAGUGUGACUCUGGCUUCUUUGAUCCGUGUUAGAGCUGCUGCAAGUCUCUCGUCAUGCUCGUGUUUGUCUUUUUCGAAGACUAGCACAUCGUCAAUCAGACAGAGAACUCCUUCCAGUCCUGAGAGUAUGUUACUC